AUUUUAGCUAUAACAGUCGCUACAAGAGCUGAAUGCCUUUCUUCUAACGUGCCUCGUCGAAAUACCUAUCGAAACGAGAAGUCGAUUCCAUUUGAAACGUCAAAUAUUAAUGAUGGAAUUAUUCCAACCACCACUACACCCACAGAACUAAAUAGCGCGUUCGUUUCGUCGACUCCCUCACCUCUCGGAUUCCGAAGCGAAUAUGUAUCAACUCUAAAUCAAAAUAGUGAAUACGGCGACUCUAAUCCUGCACUAAAUCUUCAAAAUCCGAAUUUCAAUACCUUUCUAGUGCCCCAAUUCGUCUCCGGUAAUCCUCAAUUAAUAAACAUCGACACGAACUCGAAUAGCUUCGCGCAACAAAUCCCUCAGAGGUUAGGAGACUACAAUUCAGUAACGAUAGAAAGUACCACCAGCGGCGGUUCUCUAAAUGACGCAUUCGGGAUAUCGGAAGAUGUUAUCGAAACACAAAAACCGGAAAAGAGUAUUUAUUUUUUCGUCGCCCCCAGGGAAUUGGAACCUAUUCGACCUAGAAUACAAUUUCAAAAAAACAAAAAAAAAGUGAACGUAGUAUUCAUAAAAGCUCCAUCCGCCCCGUCUUUGGGCACGAUCGAAGUUACCGCGCCGGCGCAAGAGUCGCCGGAAAAGACCAUCGUAUACGUUUUAGUGAAAAAACCGGAAGAACAACAAAAAAUUAUUGUCAAACCCGCCCCGGUAGUUAAACCUAGUAAACCGGAAGUUGUUUUCAUAAAAUAUAAAGACGAAGAAGAAGCCCAACAACAUAUAAAUAAGGUGCAAGCUCAACACGACGCUUAUAUAAAAAAUCAAGAAGUUGGGCAAGAAAUAUUGAACGCGAGACCUAGUGGAGAAUAUAUUCCGAAUUUACAAGCAAAUGAUUUCGGUACCACCACCGAAUCAACUUACCAAACCGAGGAGAACGAAGUCAAUCAACAAUAUUUUUCAAAUUAUAGAUUCGACAACGUCCCGUUGGAAUAUACCACUACCACAAUAGCCCCACCACCAGUUCAAUUCCAAACGGCACAACAACAAUUGAUACCAAAUUAUAAUUCGGAAGUUUCCGUACAACAAACCGAUUCACCACUAGAUGACGUCACUCAAAGAAAAUCUUUCAAUUACGCGCCGUUGUCUUACACAACUUCGACGCCACAAGUUUCGGUCAACGAAUUUACCAAUAAUGAAAACGUAAAUAACGUUAUCGCGAUUGGUAAUAAGCAGUCAUCGGUAACAACUUCAUCACCAUUCAAAAGAUCGUGGGUUCCUUCGAAUAAAUCACCUAGAAUAGGAAGACCCAAUAUAUCGAAUUUCCAUUUGUUUUUCAAUAAAAUGUGAAUUAUUUAACAUAUUAAUAUACUUUGGAUAGAUUUUGUGUUUCGUUAUAUAAAUAAAUUUAUUUUAAUAAUAA